AUGACACCCGCUCCAACCGGCCCCGGCAGCCCUCUCAUCGCAGGUGUUGCCAUGUCGGGCGGCGAAUUUGGCGAUUUUUCCGAUGACGACCUCGGCGCCAACAACCUCUUCGAUUUCUCAAACAGCCCAGAUACGCUCCAGACACUCGAGUCGCUCGGCGGCGACCCCAAGGCCUUCCUCUCGCCCCAGGAUCUGACGAGGGGAUCCUUUGCCGAUUCACCAACCGGCGGUUAUUAUCAGGAUUCCUCGUCCGAGUCUGCAUCCUCCAAGCGCACCGGCAGCUCCACAUCUUCAAAGACGGCCAUCAACGCGGCUAUCACCUCGGCCGAUGCCCAAAUAGACGACCUGGAUUGCAAGAUGGAAUGGGGUACGACGUUUACUGCUUUCCCCGACGAUGACAGCCCUUUUGAGUUUGGCCGCGAUCAGAUUGAUGGCAUGUACAACUUCGAGCAUGAUGACCACUUUUUCGACCGGACAGCGCCGUUUGAGGCGUCUAGUAGCCCCGACCAGGUUACUGCUGCUCGAAAUUCAAUCACCUCACCAACCAUGCCUACUGCAAAGGCUAAAAGUUCGAGCAAAGAAGCAACGCCCAAGAAGAAGUCCCAAAGCCACCACAAGGCUCUCUCACAAUACUCAGUAUCUUCAGCUAUGAACGGUCUGAAGACAUCAACUUCACGCGAAGUGUCACCCAUGUCCAUGUCCAAUGGUGCUGUAUUGAGCCAGGGCGGAUCGCCAGCGGCCAUGUUCACUUCACCGUCCCCCCACGCAGUUGAUUUUUCGAGGGCUGUCAAUAGCUUGGGUGCGCAACCCUUGUGGCCAAACAAAAUGGAUGUGGCGGCACAAGCUGCACCCGAUGUCUUGCCCACAACACUUCACUUUGGCGGUCAGAUGGGCCAGACCGUACCAAUGCCGCAGCAGAUGGCGAUGGCCACGCAUCCGAAUUUUGGUGGACGAUGCGAGUUGAAGAUCAUGCCCACACCCCUCAAGUCAAGGGUCGAGACUCAGAUUCCCAUCAAGAUGUUGCUCAGCCCAGUCCCACCUGGCGUUAACAGGCUUCACCUCCCAGCUCACACAAUCUCAAAACCCAAGCUUCUUGCAAAGCCAAGUCCUGAGAAGUCCCCUGACAUGCUCGAACUCUACGUCUCCUUGGUGUGCACCAGUGCCAUGGAGGGCCCUGGGAUGAAGGAGAACGCGCUCCAGCGUGCCGCCUCUCACCCCCAAGGCUAUCUACCUCCGUUGGAUGACGAGGAGAACUCGCCCCAGAACGGCGGUGAUGUGAGAAUAUGUCAAGGAUGUAUCACCAGAGAACGCAAGCGCGCAGCUCGGAAAAAGAUCAAGAAACCUGAUGAAGAGAAGCUCUGGAGCAAAGACGAGGAGCGCCGUGUGAUUGUGUUUAACACGGCUGAGGUCAAGGAAUGGCAGUCUGUCAGCGGAGUCAUGAUGGACGCAUCGGUCGUUCCUGCAGGCACUAUGCAAAUCGAUGCACCAAUGCGAAUUGCCUGCUAUUGCCGACACCACGGCGAGAAGCAGGGGUUCAACGUCAUCUUCACCAUCAAGGAUUACCAGGACCGUGUCAUUGCCCAGGCCAUGUCUGAUCCUAUUAUGAUCACAGACGACCACAAGACGCACCCGAUGACAACACAGCUUACUGCCCACCAACAGCCCCUCCCGGAUGCUCCUGUGACGACCGCAGCUCCUCAACAGGCAAUCGACAGCCUUGGCCUGAUCCCCCCUGCCGCGAACAACUCGUUCCGCAUGUCGCCAUCGACCGGCGAUCUCUCAAGUAUGCAUCGUAACGGCCAGGUUUCUUACCAAGCCUCAUCGGGCAAGACAACACCGACUGGCCGGACACUCUCACGCCCUGCAUCGCCAACGCUGGGGGCCCCCUUGGCUAAGAAGAGGAAGUCGAGCGCGUCAAGAGUGCCCAACGGGCUUGCCAUGACUCGUAUCGAUGAUACGACGCCCUCGCCCAGCUCUCAGGUGAACAACCAGAUGGUUACUGCAACGUCUCCCUUCUCGUCGAAUUUGAGUGCCUUUUCUCAGGGAGACUCUCUGUUCCAGCAGAAUGGUCUUGCGCCAUUUGCUACCAGCCCUCCCACCCCUAGUAGCAAUGAUCAGCCUGGCUUCUUCCCUAGCAACCGCUCUGCUAGCAUGGACAACAUAGCCGCCGCACAGCUUUACUCAGCGCCUGCAUCAGGACAUCCAAGCCGUGCCCCUAGUCCGAACGGGCUUAGGAAUGCCAUCGCCCUUAACCCCCAGAACCAGUUUGCUCAAACAUUGACUAGCAGCUUGUUUACCGUUCCCAUGGGCAUGAACCAGACGAGGGCGUCCCCCGUCAUUCAUAAGAUCAUCCCCAACGAGGGUCCCAAGACUGGUGGAAUCGAGGUGACGGUUCUGGGUGCGGCCUUCUUCCAAGGGCUCGAAGUUUGGUUUGGUGACCAGAAGGCUACUACCACUACCUUCUGGGGCGAGUCAUCACUGGUCUGCUUGCUGCCGCCAUCACCUGUUGCUGGAGCUGUCGCCGUCACUUUCAAGCAUCAGGCAGCGCAGGCUGCACAGGUUUACCCGACGGGCAAGCAGCCGGCAAUCUUCAAGUACAUCGACGACAAUGAGGACAAGCUCAUAAGGACAGCUCUCACAGUUCUGGGCCAGAAGAUGUCGGGACAAAUCGUUGACGUCAGCGAUCUUGCGAGGAGGAUCCUCAACGACGGCAACUCGGGCUGGUCCGGUGGUUCAUCAGGUGGCUCGUCUUCUGGCGGCCAGAUGAUGGGCAACACGUUCAACCAUGCUCCUAACACGCACCUCGAGUCACAGCUCCUGAAGUGCCUGGAUCUCAUUGACCUUGAUGACAGCACGCACAGGACCCGCCUGGAUCUCAAGAGGCCGACUGGUCAUACUAUGCUUCACCUCUCAUGCUCCCUCGGCUACCAUCGAUUCGUUGCCGCUCUACUCGCGCGUGGCGCCAACCCUGACGCUAGGGACAAGGGUGGCUUCACGCCUCUGCACCUUGCUGCAAUCCACAACCAUCCCGAGAUUGUGCGAAGGCUGAUGAUCAACCGCGCGGACCCCACAAUCAGAAGCUUGUCUGGCCUUACCGCCGCCGAUGUUGCUCAGUCGCGUGCUGUGCUACGCGCUAUUCGCCGUUCUGAGCGCCAUGUCCGAUCUCGCAGCAGCGGCGGCUCGCUCCAUAGCAAGGCUAGCAGCGCCACAUCUCUGCGGUCUCUGUGGGAGCCCAUGACCCAGGUCCAUACUCACGAGGAGCCUGUCUCGCCAGAUUCGAGCGAGGAGAGCCCUGAGUACACAUCAGGAGACUUUGAGGAUGAAGACCCAGAUGAGCACGUGUAUCUGAGCAUGAGAAGAUCAAGUGGCUUCAGACAAGAGAACGAGCGGCCAAACCUCCGUCGGCGAAAGACUAACGAGCUGGAGCCAGAGAUGGAGCCUCCCGCAACGGCCAUGGCAGCUGCGUCGGCUGCCUUGAAGGAGCACUUCCAGCAGCAGCUCCAUCAGUUCCAGCAGUCGAUUGCUCUACAGUUCCAAAACCUGCCACACUUCCCUCAGAUGCCCGCAUUGCCCAACAUGCCUGACUACCAGGCACCGUUCAUGCGCCGGGUCCAGCAGUUUAUGCCAGGAAUGGCAGCACCUCGCACGGACAAUGAAGACGAGCAGCCACAGCGAUGGUGGGACUCGUCGUCCAAGACCACAGCGACGGCACCCCCGGCGUACGAUGAAAUCUUCCCUCGGGAGGACCUGGACACGAAGCAGGCGUCUGCAGCACAGGCGGCCGUUGAAGCCGAGGCUGACAUGAAGUGUGCUGUUCUAUACGAUCAGACGACCACAACAACUGAGGCGGUCGAGGUUCGUGAGACAUGGACGGAAGAGCCCGGAGUUCUCAAGAUUGGCCGGAAGAACGCCAUCACCAAGGAGCAGCAAGAGCAGUUCCUCAGGGCUCGUGAGGUGAAGCUCAAGAGGCUCAGCAGUGAUCGCAACCUAUUCUUCAUCUGGAUUCCUCUUCUGCUCGUAAUGGUCUGUGCCAUGGCGUACAGCUAUUUCCCAGGCCUUUUUACCUUUAUCUGGGCCUUUGUCCGGUCGUUCUACCAGAAUGGACUCGAUAGGACUCAACAGCUGAUUCAACAGAACCUGCCAGAGCGGGUGGUUGAAGUCUAG